GUGACUCAAUUUUUUCUCUGAUUUUAUAAUUCGUAUGGCAAAUCAAUGAUUUAACCCAAUUACGUAUCCAUUUCAUUUUCCAGAUGCAUUGUCACGUGCUGGACCUGCUCUAACCUGUUAAAGUGGUUCGGCACCCAAAUGGCCAAAUCAAUCCGCCUCUAUAUAAACGAACCCAGCCGCGCCGAAUUACUGCAUUUCAUAAUUUUUGUUUUCUGUUCUGAGUUCUCUUUCAACUCAGCUUCUUGAUCGCGAGAUCGAUCCGGCGGGAGUGUUUGUUCAUCUCCCGAUUGAUGUUCAAUGAGUGCGUCGGCCUGCAUCGACAAUGUGGGAGUGUUGCCGGAGAAUUUUAUCGAUUGCACGCUUCCGUACGCUUCAUCGGGCUGGCUGAGCCCGAGGAUCUCAUUCAGCCGUGACUUGGCGGAUGAUCGAGGUAGGAAUGACGACGGGAAGGCGGAUCUGGAAAGAUCUGGGAAGGAUUUUGUCGAAUUUGAAUUCCGGCUUGACGAUACCGUAAAAAUGCUUACCGCUGACGAGCUAUUUUCCGACGGGAAGCUGAUUCCGCUCCAGCUUGCUCCGACUAGGCCCGCGAAGAGGAGCCCUGCGGAUGUCAGGUCACCGGUGCCGAUUAGUUUGUGGCGCAGGGUGGAGAUCAAUGGUCCUGAUCUUUAUGCUUUUUCGCCCAAGGCGCCCAGGUGUUCGAGCCGGUGGAAGGAGUUGCUUGGCUUGAAGAAAGCGCAGAGCUCAAAGCCUGAGCGUCAGAAUGCCUCGCCCACAACUUCCAAGGGUUCCAACGGAAAAUCACUGAAACUAUUUCUUCACCGAAAUCCCAAGUCUUCCUCGAGCGACUCCUCACUUAACCUUCCACUACUCCGGGACUCCGAUUCGGAGUCGGCAUCCAUUUCAGCUCGCGUUUCACUCUCCUCUUCAUCCUCCUCUGGCGCUGACCCUGAGGAUCUCCCACGUUUAUCCCUCGAUUCUGAAAAGAUUAAUCCAGCACCCAUCUCGCUGUGCCAUAAUCCGCCUCGGUAUAGGGUCGCAAAUACUAGAUCGCUGAAGAUUCGUCGUCCUCCUGCAUUGCCUGCGGAAGGCAACAAGACCGUGCGGGUUCCGGAAUCAGCCACGGAUGGCCCAAUGGCAGUGAGAGUUGGCCGGAGCACUAUACGGCCCUCUCGAGAACCAGGCGAUCGACCCUCACCUCGGGGGUCAUCAGUGGACAGCCCGCGUCUUAAUGCAUCAGGAAAAGUUAUUUUCCAGGGACUGGAGAGAAGCUCAAGCAGUCCGAGUACCUUUAAUGGAGGCUUCCGACCUCGACCGCGUGGAAUGGAGCGAUCCUACUCCACCAAUGUAAUGGUUACGCCGGUUCUCAAUGUUCCCGUGUGCACUCUCCGCGGUUCGGCCAAGUCGAUUUCUGUGUUCGACUUCGGUCAGCUCUUUGCUCCCCAGAAGAAGGAGAAAGAGGGCUCAUCCGCAGCAAAGAACGGCUUCGCCAAAACGAAGUGCGAGAAAGCAGUACCCAGGAAUUGAUUAGGUAAGUGAUUCCCUACAAAAAAAAAAAAAAAACUCACUGAAACCCGGGAACAAAAAUCACUCUGACUUGUUUGUUUGCAUCUAUUUGUUUUCAAAUCCAACUCUUCUAUUUGGUUUUUAUUGUAAAUAUUAGUCCUUCAGGGAGGGUUUUUUUUGGCUGUUCUCCUCGCUUCUUGCAGGAUCCCCUGUUCUUCUUCCCGGGCUCUGUGAGCUCCAUCGUUUUCUGAGAUUUAACUGUUAGCUUUUCCCUUGAACAUGUCUAUCAAAUAUUUCCAUAAAUGCAUUUUUCUUCUUUGAUC